UACUGUGAGAGCGGUAUGCAGGCUGAGGGGCGGUUGCUGGGCAGGGUGUCUGGUUUGUGUGUGGUGAGGUGCGUUUGUUCUGGGAAUCCCGAUGUGACAUCCAUCCAUUGAUCUUGCUUGACAGGCUUUUUCAUCAUGAAUUGUCAAGAAAAUGAGUAUUGGGACCAGUGGGGACGCUGUGCCACCUGCCAACAGUGUGGUCCUGGACAGGAGCUCUCCAAGGACUGUGGUUAUGGAGAAGGGGGAGAUGCAUACUGCACAGCCUGCCCUCCCCGAAGGUAUAAAAGCAGCUGGGGCCACCAUAGAUGUCAGACUUGCAUCACCUGUGCUGUCAUCAAUCGAAUCCAGAAGACCAACUGCACAGCUACCUCUAACGCUAUCUGUGGGGACUGUCUGCCAAGGUUCUACCGAAAGACACGCAUUGGAGGCCUGCAGGACCAGGAGUGCAUCCCAUGCACAAAGCAGACUCCUACUUCUGAGGUUCAGUGUGCCUUCCAGUUGAGCUUAGUGAAGAUAGAUGCACAUGCAGUGCCCCCUCGGGAGGCCACACUUGUUGCACUGGUGAGCAGCCUUCUAGUGGUGUUUACCCUGGCCUUCCUUGGACUCUUCUUCCUCUACUGCAAGCAGAUCUUCAACAGAUAUUGUCAACGGGGAAGUUCGUUGCAGUAUGAAGUUGAUAAGGUAGUGGAGGAGGAUUCUCUUUUCCCGAUGCCACCUGGCCAGGAAACCAGUCUUGAAUUUCCAGUGAGUGAGAUUGUCUUUGAUACACAGCCACUUAAUUGCAUUCUGGAUGACGACUGCAGCUCCACUCGUGGCUUUCCCACCCAGGAGUCCUUUACCAUGGCCUCCUGUGCUUCAGAGAGCCCCUCCCAGUGGGUUCAUAGCCCCAUCGAAUGCACAGAGCUGGACCUACAAAAGUUUUCCAGCUCUGCCUCUAGUACUGGAGUGGAAAGCUUGAGGAGUGACACAGCUGAAAACUCUGAAGACAAGCUGGAGUUCAGUGUGCCUUUUGAAGUGCCCAGCCCUUAACUUUAUUUUUUAUUUUUUGAGGAAUGUUUAACUCCUGGCAGCCCUGCCCAGUGACUGUUGCUGUACUCUCCUGCCCUGCUCUAUUCAGCAACGAUAAUGUGGGCCUGGGACAUAUGUCCCUCAACAGCCAGUGAAAUGGGGUAUAUAAUGCCCCAUUCUACCAGAGGAUUGGUUCUCCAUUUCUCCAAGACUGGCCUGGAACAUUUAUUGUUUUUCUCUUCUAUCCUGGGGAGCCAGAUUCCCUAGCUAUGGGACUGCUGGGUAUGUUCCUUAUCUGAAAUGAUAAUUAAUGAGGUUGGGUUUUUCUGGCUGCACUUUUUAGUCAGGUUUGCCUGAUCAGGCAACAUAGAGAACAGUAUUGGCAUCUACCUAGCACGUAGAGGUAAAAAUGAAGCUCUUCCCCUUUUAGUUCUUCUGCAUUGAGUCCUUGCAGCACGCGUGCCCACACAAACACACACACACACACACACACACACACACACACACACACACACACUUACACAUGAAGCCUUGAUCUGUAACUCAUGCUCUAGACUUUAAUAAUUCUUAUAGCUCUGAAGCCUGUGUAUUUGUGAGACCCUUCAUUCUCACAAAUAGGCUGCUACACUCUGUGGUCAGGAUUCAAAUUAGUGUCUUUUUGAUUCAUAAAAUGAUAUUUUUCUUAAGUUCCUUUCAUUUUUAUUACUCUUUUAAAUUCUUACAUCUUUUCCUUUCCUAAUGCCAGGUCUUGAUAGUCAUGUUCCUGAGUUAUAGUAGUAGGGCAUUGAGGAGCUAAGGUUCUCAAUGGGGCUUGACCUUAUGGCAGCACAGGACCAUUUGGUGCUUUUUUAGUUUAGAGAAAAAUUAGUCAAUUUUUUCCUAAGAUUCAGCUCCAGUUUCACCUGCUUCUGAGCAUGAAAUGGAACUAGUCUCUCUGAAGCUUUCUGGUGGAACAUGACAGAUGUGUCCAUCAGGACUCAAGUGCAAGCAGCAUUUGGUGGUUUUAAGUCUCCACUUAUGUCUGUAAUGGACCACUUGGACUGAUACAUAUUCCAUCAUAGUAGUUCAGACUUAGAUGGGAAAAAGUGGUUAACUGAACAGAGCAACUGGGUCCUUUUACUUUGGAGCAGUAUAUGCAAUCCUGGAUGCUGCUGUGACUGAAGUUGUGAAAACUAAACUAAAAUUAGUACACAGUUCUCCUGUGUCCAGAAUGCUAGAAUCCACUACAUAUAUAGGUGCUGUACGUUAUAUGUUGCACAUUAUAGUUGUCAUUUCAAUAGCUCUUUCUACAAACUCUGAGAUAACCAAUGCAGGGAUAACUCAGUGAAAUAGGGAUGAUUAGCAAGGCUAAUGUGUUUCGGGGUCUCUUUGAUGUCUUAAAACCAUUAUUUUUUAGAAGAUACAAUUUUGGAUUAGGAGGAUUUUUGAUUUCUUGGUACAUGUGUUCCACAAAACAAGGAAGAUGAGUUGAUAAAUAAAUCACUUAUGUUUGCAUGUAAUGAAGCAAUGUCUUCACCUGUAAUGUCAAGAGUUACAUUCCCUGUUCCUACCAGCUUUUCCAGUCUCUACCCCUAGUUUGGUACAAUUUUUGCCAGGACUGGCCCUAGUAUGAAACUGAGAUUAUUUCCAUUAAAGAUAUCAGAAAUUGAGAAGUGUUACAGGUCAUACAGCAGUCUUCCUGGCUGUCUUAAUGCUUUUUGUCCCUGAAGUGUGAAGAGGAGAUAGAGGCAGUAAAACAUCCAUCUUGCUUCCACCCAUCAAAUUCAACCUUUAUGCAAUUAAGUCUCUGAUUUUAGUAUGGGUCACUUCUGGUUUAAAGUUAUUUGAAAAAAGGAGAGGGUGAUUCUUUUAUCUUCAAAAACCUUCUGCAUAUAGAUAGUGGCUAUUUGGCCAAAAAUAUCAAUAACUGUAUUUCAGUUUUAAAAGAGUCAUACUUAUAUUAUGUAUGUUUUAUAAAGGAAGAAAAUGAGUGAGAUCCAUACAGUAGUGACUUACUCGAGUAAUUUGUAUUGAAGAAAGACAGCAUACACUAUUCAUCCAUUCUCAGACCCCAGUGUGUGACUCAUGCUCCAAGAUUAUAGGUGAGGGAUGGGCAUGUGGACCAGAAACUGCUCUUGGCUUUAGCAGAGGCAGAGACAAAGUUGUUGCAGGGCACUCUUAAGUUAUUUGUCUUCAUUUGACAAUGCCUAAUGAUUAUUAAAAGGUAGAAAAAGAGAACACAGGUGCAUAUGCAUAUAUUUACAAUACACAGGUGGCAGAGGCAGGAAAAUCACCAGUUUGACUCCAUCUUCCAUUGCAUUGCAAAACUAUCUCUCAAGAAAAACACAAGGCCUAGCACUGAACCUCAGUGCUGGAGUACUUGCCCUCAUAUGCACAGGGCCCUGGAUUGCAUCCUAGCAUUGAUAAAUAAACCAAUAAAUAGAUGGAUAGAUAAAUAAAUAAAUAAAUAAAUAAAUAAAAAGACAGCCUAUAUCCACCACCAAAAGAAAAACAUUUAGAUGGCUCCGUGAUCUGUGUAGUACUGGUCAGCUAUAGUAGCAUCUUCCAUUGAAAAGAAACAUGUAUAUUCACCUUAUCUAAGGAGUGUUCUGCUUUUCUUAACCCUACCACUUAACCCCUGUAUGUAACAUUUUUCUCUGCUUUUUUUCCUGAUCUCUUAGAUUCAGGACAGUCCUUAAUUAUGCUGGAGGAUCAUGUGCGUAUUUGAAGGGCAGUGUUCCUGAGUUAUAGCAUAAAGCAGGAAAGAAUUUUCUUAUGGGUUUCCUGAGCCUCACCCAGUAUUUGAGGUGCUAUAUUUCUCUACCCCCCACCAGUGAGAAUGUCUCAUAUUUACUCUUUCAGAAUCUUACAAAUAGUUGUCAGCUAAGUUUCCCUUCCUUUUUGUGUCUGAGUUCCCCAAGCAGGGCCUCCAAAUAUUCCAAUCUAUUUAGGAAGCAAGUGAGGAUGGCAAAGGUACCCCAAUGCAUUUCUAUUCACAAGUUAAUUGGAAUCCUGCUGUGCCAUCACUCCAUGCAUUUGAUUCUUUUUGAAGUGGUGUUUUUUUGUUCCCUUUAGCUUCUUCCUAUCCAUUUCAAAUGGAAGAUAAAACAAACUCCUUGAAGAUUUUCUUAUUCUUUAUUAUUUCAAAAUCUUUCUGAAGUUUGUACAGCUUCUUGUAUCCUACAAGCGCUCUGUGGUUGUUUAAGUACCAUAAGUAAAUUGUGAACUUCAUUACUAGGUCUUAUCCCUGACAAGAAGUGUUCUCUACAGAGAGAUUUCUGUUUUUCUUAAGUGUAUCUGGAGCAGUUAUCUACAAACACUAAGAUCCUCAAGGCCAACUCAUUGAUCAGAGUGUUAAAAGCACAUGAGAAAAAGCAAAAAGAUCUCACUGUACUAGGCAGGGGAUUAGAAGCAACUGAAUCAGAAAUCUGCACCAGGCAACCUGGUCCCAUGUAGGUAUUAGCAAAUAUGUGUGAGCCAAGGUUUCGACCUUGGUCUUUGGGUCCUCUGCACUUUUAAUUUUUUUCUAGGACAGUUUAUUCUUAUCUCUUCUACUUUAAUUAGUCAUAUCUACACCUUCUGUUGGGGAAAAAGCUAGUACCCAAUCUGGAGCUGAUUCAGCUUAAGCUUGCCCCAGAUGUUGAAAGGUCACUAUGAGCUUGGCAGUGGUUCAAGCUCAAGUCUAUCACUGAUGCUCAGUGAGAAAGGUAAUAAUUAUAACAGAGAAAUAACAAUAUGAUAAAAUGACACAGGCACCCCAAUUCACAGUGCCUGUUCAUAGCAUGGACAUUAUCUCUAUACCCAAUUCACCUAUACCCAACCAAGACCUUGGUUCAAGUUUUUGAAGUUGAACAAUUGGAGUUGAUAAUUAGAAUAGGGCAAAAGAGUUUUGCGUUGCCUUGCUUUAUAAAGUAUCUUUGGUAGAAGUAAAAAAAUGAAGGAUGCUCUUUUUUCUUUUCAAUUGCUAUCGGGCCACUGCCAGUGUCAUACUUCUAAAGUGGAACAUCUCUGAAUACUAUACUUUUAUUUCUUCCACUUGGGAGGUUAUUAGUAAUUAGCAGAACUUCUUGAAAACAUUUUCAACAUAACUCUGAGCCUAGAAAAUACUUGAGUUUUACAUAUUUGAACUAGCAAAAUCAAAGCUGGUUUUGUUUACAAGGGAGAUGUAGGGUUUUAGUGAUGAUGAGUUGGGGAUUUUUCAUUUAUAUUUUUACUCCGUUUAUAAUUCUCCUUGGAUUUUCACAAAGGGUAGGUAGUACGGGAGAUCAGCUUUUGUCUCUACGGGUCUCAGGUCCAAGUUGGUAAAGUUGUGAAUACUACACCGGAUUGUCCCUUACACAGUCUUGCCACACUGAGAUAAUCCCCUACUAUCACGCUCCUACUCUCCACCCAAUUUAUAUACCAAGGUCUUUGGUGUUCUGUGUUGAAUGUAGGUACAUUUUAAUUACCCUUUUCCCUAAAAUGAAUUAUUUAUAGAGAUUUGGUUAAAUUUUGAACCAUGUGUAUGUGUGUAUAAUGGCAAGUUGUGUUUGGAUCAUGAUAAUCUGCAAAUAUUUCAUAUUAUUCAAUGAACAGAAAUAUAUCCAAAUGCCUUGUUUAUUCCUGCAUUUUCAGAGAACUGGGAUGACUCAUUUUACUGUUAUGUCUGCUCAGUGAGUACAGAAAGGAAAUGUGGUUUUUAUCAUUGGAUAUAACACCGGGGUGGUGGGAGUCACUGAAUUGUCAUCCAGGAGAUUUAGUCUAAACUGUCGUACUUUGGAAUUGUUUUUGACAUUUAGAAUAUUUUAUGGCUAAGGAUCUACCAGAAUUCUUUUGUUCAAAACUGGAUAUUCUUAAGGAGAGUUCCACCAUGUUAAGGGAACUAUGUAUAUAUCUUCUGAGGUCUGAAACAUUUUCUUGAAGUUUAUGUGUGCAUGUUUCUAUUUUGAUCAUUUGUUUUUAAAAAUAAAGAAUAUAAAAUUCCAA